CCGCUGGUGACACGUAGGUGGUGCAUAUGCUGGUUGGGCUCCAGCUAUGGAGAAACUCCAUGGGCAUGUGUCUACCCACCCAGAUAUCCUCUCCUUGGAGAACCGGUGCCUGGCCACACUUCCUGACCUGAAGACCAUGGAGAAACCACGUGGGCAUGUGUCUGCCCACCCAGAUAUCCUCUCCUUGGAGAACCGGUGCCUGGCCACACUUCCUGACCUGAAGACCAUGGAGAAACCACGUGGGCAUGUGUCUGCCCACCCAGACAUCCUCUCCUUGGAGAACCGGUGCCUGGCCACACUUCCUGACCUGAAGACCAUGGAGAAACCACGUGGGCAUGUGUCUGCCCACCCAGAUAUCCUCUCCUUGGAGAACCGGUGCCUGGCCACACUUCCUGACCUGAAGACCAUGGAGAAACCACGUGGGCAUGUGUCUGCCCACCCAGACAUCCUCUCCUUGGAGAACCAGUGCCUGGCCACACUCCCCAUUCUAAAUAGUACUGUGUCUGCCAGCCGCUUGCUCCACUGUCUCCAGAGAGCUGAUUUGGUGAAAGGUGAUCACAGCCUGAACAUCAGCAACUGCCUGCUCUCUGAGCCUCCAACUUGGAGGGCCCAAGGCCUCUCUGAGGGGCUGGGCCAUCUGACCUGCCCCAGGGCCUUUAAUUCCAUCUCUGCCACAGAGAGAUCUCCUGAAACAGCUUUGGAUCAUUGCUCCUCUUCGGAAGAGAAAAUGCCAGAAGCAAAGGAAUGGGCAGAGGUUCAAAUGCCUUUUUAUAACCUAAGCUUGGGAGAGGAGGAAAAGGUAGAGGAGCCGGUCCUGAAGCUCACCGCUGGGGACUCUGGAUCUUGUUCUGAGCCCACUGACCAGGCCAUUAAGGAAAAGAAGAUGGCUCUCAUGAGCUUGCUGUGCUCCACACUGGCAUCAAAUGUAAACAUAAAAGAUGCAUUUGACCCUACCUCGGUGUCCCUCUUUGAAAUCUGUAGUGAGCUUGCCCCCUUGGAGCCCGAGUUCAUCCUCAAGGCAUGUCUGUACACUAGGCAGCAGCUGAACAUCCGGGAUGUGGCCAACAAAAUGUUGGCCAUUGCUGCCUUCUUGCCUGUCUGCCGCCCUUACCUGCGACGGUAUUUCUGUGCCAUUGUCCAGCUGCCUUCUGAUUGGAUCCAGGUAGCUGAGUUCUACCAGGACCUGGCUAAAGGAGAGGAGGACAAGCUGGUGCCCCUGCCUGCCUGCCUGCGUGCUGCUAUGACUGACAAAUUUGCCCAGUUUGAUGAAUACCAGCUGGCUAAGUACAACCCUUGGAAACACCGGGCCAAGAGACGUCCCCGCCGGCCCCCUCGCCCCCCAAAGACGAAGCCCCCAUUUUCCGAGACACAGCGUUUGCCAAGGUACCUUAAGCCUCUUAAAGAUGAACAGAAAAAGUUUGAGGAGACCUACAAUGCAGUACCAAAGAAAAAGCAGCCAAGAUUCACUCUGAAGAAGUUAGUACAGCGACUGCACAUCCAGGAGCCUGCUCAGCAUGUCCAAGCCCUGAUGGGCUACAGAUACCCCUCCACCCUACAAAAGUUUUCUCGAAGUCGCCUCCCUGGGCCGUGGGAUCCUAGCAGAGCUGGGAAGCGGAUGAAGCUUCUUCAGCCAGAGACCUGGGAGCGGGAGCUGAGCUUGCGGGGAAACAAAGCUUCCGUCUGGGAGGAACUCAUUGAGAAUGGGAAGCUUCCCUUCAUGGCCAUGCUUCGGAAUCUGUGCAACCUGCUGCGAGUUGGAAUCAGUGCCCACCACCAUGAGCUUGUGCUCCAGAAACUCCAGCAUGAGAAAUCGGUGAUCCACAGUCGGCAGUUUCCGUUCAGAUUCCUUAAUGCCCAUGACUCCAUCAAUAACCUUGAGGUUCAACUCAAAAAUAAAGCAUUGCCACUUCCUUCCAACACAAAACUGAUGCAUACGAUAAUGAGUAGAAAUGCAAGAAAGGACAAGAAUUGGACCUAUCGGAGGUAUCCUUACAACCCAAGUCGUCGGGAACUUCGGACAACAAUGAUGAUACCUGUGAUAUACGAGCAGCUUAAGCGGGAAAAGCUGAAAAUACAAAAGGCCAGACAGUGGAAAUAUGAUGGUGAAAUGCUGGCUCGGUAUCGGCAAGCCCUAGAGACAGCUGUGAACCUCUCCGUGAAACACAACCUGCCCCCACUGCCGGGCCGCACCAUCUUGGUCUAUCUGACAGAUGCCGAUGCGGAUCAGUUCUGUCCCAAGCGCAACCCAGAAGGGCCCCCCCUAAACUAUGUGCUGCUACUGAUUGGGAUGGUAAUUGCACGGGCAGAGCAGGCGGAUCUCUUACUGUGCGGAAGAGGCACUGUGAAGACUAUCACAGUUAAGGCAGAAGAAGGUAUCCUGAAGACGGCCAGCAUACUCCAGGCUCAAUUUCAGGAGCCAGAUGGAGAGGAUGAAUGGUCCCUGCACACUUUUGGGAAGCAUCUGUUGUCUCUGGCUGCCCAAAGGGUCCCUGUGGACAGGGUCAUCCUCUUCGGCAAUAAUAUGUAUGAGAAACUGAUAAAUGAGGCCAAACAGCUUUUCUGGCAGCAUGUGAAUUCCAAGUGCCUCUUUGUUUGUGUUCCCCUAAGUAGGACAUGUUACACAUUAUCAGAUUCAAAUCCUAAUGACGUGACACUCUCGGGCUGUAAUGACGGAAUACUGAAGUUCAUUGCAGAGCGCGGGGACUCCUGUCUUCUAGAGCACGUGGGCCAAAUGGACAAAAUAUUCAAUAUUCCACCACCUCCAGGAAAGACUGGGGACCUGUCUCUCCGGCCCCUGGAAGAGAACACUCUAAGCCCCUUGGCUCUGAUUUCCCAGCACGGGUGGCGCAGCAUCAGGCUUUUCAUUUCCUCCACCUUCCGGGACAUGCACGGGGAGCGGGACCUGCUGCUGAGGUCCGUGUUGCCAGCGUUGCAGGCCCAAGCGGCCCCUCACCACCUCAGCCUUCAUGCCAUUGACCUGCGCUGGGGUGUCACUGAGGAGGAGACCCGGAGGAACAGACAACUAGAAGUGUGCCUUGGGGAGGUGGAGAACUCACAGCUGUUUGUGGGGAUCCUGGGCUUCCGCUAUGGCUAUGUUCCCCCCGACUACAACCUCCCUGACCAUCCUCACUUCCGCUGGGCCCAGCAGUACCCUCCAGGUCGCUCUGUGACAGAGAUGGAGGUGAUGCAGUUCCUGAAUCGGGGCCUUCGCCAGCAGCCCUCUGCACAAGCUCUCAUCUACUUCCGGGAUCCCAGCUUCCUCAGCUCUGUCCCGGAUGCAUGGAAAUCUGACUUUACUUCUGAGUCUGAAGAGGCUGCACAUCGGAUCUCAGAACUGAAGAGCUACCUGAGCAGACAACAAGGGAUUACCUGUCGUAGAUACCCCUGUGAGUGGGGGGGUGUGGCGGCCGGCCGGCCCUAUGCUGGGGGGCUGGAAGAGUUUGGAAAGUUGGUUCUGCAGGAUGUGUGGAAUAUGAUCCAGAAGCUUUACCUACAGCCUGGGGCCCAGCUGGAACAGCCAGUGUCCAUCCCAGAUGAUGACUCGGUCCAGGCCACCUUCCAGCAGCUGCAGAACCCACCAAGUCCUGCCCGACCACACCUUCUGCAGGACACAGUGAAGCAGCUAACGCUGUACCGAGGGAGGCUGAGCCUGGUGACUGGGCAGUCAGGACAGGGCAAGACGGCCUUCCUGGCAUCCCUUGUGUCAGCGCUGCAAGCUCCUGAUGUGGCCAAGGUGGCCCCCUUAGUCUUCUUUCACUUUUCAGGGGCCCGCCCUGACCAGGGUCUUGCCCUUACCCUGCUCAGACGCCUCUGUGCCUAUCUGCAUAGCCAACUGCAAAAGCCAGGUGCCCUCGCCACCAGCUACCGGGGCCUGGUAUGGGAGCUCCAGCAGGAGCUACUGCCCAUGUAUGCUCAGUCCCUGAAAAGUGGCCAAACCCUGGUACUGAUCAUCGAUGGGGCCGACAGGUUGGUGGGUCAGCAUGGGCAGCUGGUCUCGGACUGGAUCCCAAAGACCCUUCCCCCGCGGGUGCACUUGGUACUGAGUGUGUCUACUGAUACGGGUCUGGGGCAGACCCUUGAGCAGAGCCAAGGUGCCCAUGUGGUAGCCCUAGGACCUCUGGAGCCAUCUGCCCGGGCCCAGCUGGUGAGAGAAGAGCUGGCCGUGUAUGGGAAGCGGCUGGAGGAGUCACCUUUUAACAACCAGAUGCGGCUGCUGCUGGUGAAGCGGGGGUCGUCUCUGCCACUCUACCUGCGUUUGGUCACAGAUCACCUGAGGCUCUACACACUCUAUGAGCAGGUGUCUGACAGACUCCGGACCCUGCCAGCCACUGUCCCCCUGCUGCUGCAGCACAUCCUGGGCACGCUGGAACAAGAGCACGGCCCUGACAUCCUUCCCCAGGCUUUGGCCACCCUUGAGGCCACACGCAGUGGUCUGACUGUGGACCAGCUGUAUGGAGUGCUGAGUGCAUGGCGGAUACUUCCCAGGGGAGCCGAGAGCUGGGAUGUAGCAGUGGCUGCUGGGGACAGCAGGGACCCCUUCCCCAUGGGCCCAUUUGCCUAUCUUGUCCAGAGUCUGCGCAGUUUGCUAGGGGAGGGCCCCCUGGAGCGCACGGGUGCCCGGCUCUGCCUCCCUGCCGGGCCCCUGAGGACAGCAGCCAGAUGUCGAUAUGGGAAGAGGCCAGGGCUGGAGAAGACAGCACACACCCUCAUCGCAGCUCAGCUCUGGAAGACAUGUGACCCCGAUGCCUCAGGCACCUUCCGAAGUUGCCUUCCUGAGGCUCUGGGAGACCUGCCUCACCACCUGCUCCAGAGCGGGAACCGUGACCUUCUUGCAAAAUUCCUCACCAAUCUCCAUGUGGUUGCUGCACACCUGGAACUGGGUCUGGUCUCUCGGCUCCUGGAGGCCCAUGCCCUCUUUGCUUCCUCAGUUCCUGAAGAGGAACCAAGUCUUCCUGAGACUGACACUGCUGUGUUUCACACCUUCCUGAGGCAGCAGGCUCCAGUCCUCAACCAGUACCCCCUGCUCCUGCCCCAGCAGGCAGCCAACCAGCCUCGGGACUCGCCUCUUUGCCACCAGGCCCCCCAGCUCUCCCAGCGGUGGCACCUCCAGCACAUGCUACGAUGGCUUAAUAAACCCCACACCGUGGAGGGCCAGCAGAGCUCCAGCCUGUCUUUGACAGUUUCCUCAUCCCCCACAGCAGUAGCCCUCUCCCCCAGGGGGCAAAGAGCUGCUGUAGGCACCGCCAAUGGGAUGGUUUACCUGUUGGACCUGAAAACCUGGCAGGAGGAGAAGUCUUUGGUGAGCGGCUGUGAUGGUGUGUCCUCUUGCUCAUUCCUCUCAGACAGUACCCUCUUUCUUACUGCCUUUGACGGGCUUCUGGAGCUCUGGGACCUGAAGGAAGGUUGUCGGGUGCUCCAGACCAAGGCUCACCAGUACCAAAUCACCGGGUGCUGCCUCAGCCCAGACCGCCGGCUGUUGGCCACUGUGUGCCUGGGAGGAUGCCUAAAGCUGUGGGACACAGUCCGCGGGCAACUGUCCUUCGAGCACACCUGUCCCAGGCCCCUGAACUGCAUUGCUUUCCACCCAGAGGGGCAGGUGAUAGCUGCAGGCAGCUGGGCUGGCAGUUUUGGCUUCUUCCACGUGGAUGGGCUCAAAGCUAUCAAGGAACUGGGAGCCCCGGGAGCCUCUGUCCGUACCUUGGCGUUCAAUGUGCCUGGGCGGGUUGUGGCUGUGGGUCGGCUGGACGGGAUGGUGGAGCUGUGGUCCUGGCAUGAGGGGGCACGGCUGGCUGCCUUCCCUGCCCACCAUGGCACUGUGGCCACUGCCCUUUUCCUGCGUACUGGGUGCCAGUUACUGACAGCCGGAGAAGACGGCAAGGUUCAGGUGUGGUCCGGAUCUCUGGGUCAUCCCCGGGGGUGCCUUGGUUCCCUUCCCCUCUCUCCUGCCCUGUCUGUGGCUGUCAACCCAGAUGGCGAUCAAGUGGCUGUUGGGUACCGAGCAGAUGGCAUCAAGAUCUAUAAAAUUGCUUCAGGUUCCCCGGGGGCCCAGUGUCACACACUAGAUGUGGCAGUGUCCGCGCUGGCCUGGCUCAGCCCUGAGGUGUUGGUGAGUGGUGCAGAAGAUGGGUCCCUGCGAGGCUGGCAUCUCAAGGAAAGUUCCCUUCAGUCCCUCUGGCUCUUGUCCAGAUACCGGAAACCCGUGUUGGGAUUGGCCACCUCCAACGAACUCUUGGCGUCUGCCUCAGAAGAUUUCACAGUGCGGCUCUGGCCAAAGCAAUUGCUGAUACUUCCCCAAAAGGCAGAAGACUUUCCCUGUGGCACUGAGCUCCGGGGACAUGAGGGGCCUGUAAGCUGCUGUAGCUUCAGCACCGAUGGAGGCAGGCUGGCCACUGGGGGCAGGGACCGGAGUCUCUUCUGCUGGGAUGUGCGGAUGCCCAAAGCCCCUGUUCUGAUUUGCUCCUUCUCUGCCUGUCACCGUGACUGGGUCACUGGCUGUGCCUGGACCAAAGACAACCUACUGGUCUCCUGCUCCAGCGAUGGCUCUGUGGGGCUAUGGGACCCAGAACUCAAACAGCAACUUGGCCAGUUCCUAGGUCAUCAGAGUGCUGUCAGCGCCGUGGUGGCCGUGGAAGAACACGUGGUAUCUGUGGGCCGAGAUGGGACCUUGAAAGUGUGGGACCAUCAGGGCAUAGAGCUGACGAGCAUCCCUGCUCACUCAGGACCGAUCAGCCACUGUGCGGCUGCCUUGGAGCCCCGGCCAGCUGGGCAGCCUGGGUCAGAGCUUCUAGUGGUGACUGUUGGACUGGAUGGGGCCACACAGUUGUGGCAUCCACUCUUGGUGUUUCAAACACACACCCUCCUGGGACACAGUGGUCCAAUCAGUGCAGCUGCUGUUUCAGAGACCUCAGGCCUCCUGUUGACUACCUCAGAGGAUGGUUCCAUUCGGCUCUGGCAGGUACCUAAGGAAGCAGAUGACAGGUAUACGCCCAGGAGUCCUAUAGCCAUCACUGCUGUGGCCUGGGCCCCAGAUGGUUCUAUGGCAGUGUCUGGGAAUCAAACCGGGGAACUAACCUUGUGGCACGGAGCUAAGGCCGUGGCAACAGCACAGGCUCCAGGCCGCAUCAGUGCUCUGAUCUGGUACUCGGCACACACCUUGAUUGUUCUCAGUGCUAAUGAAAAGGUCAGCGAGUGGCAAGUGGAACUGCAGAAGGGUUCGACACCGAGAAAUUUCAGUCUUCACCUGAACCGAGUUCUGUUGGAGAACUUAGGGUUCCUGACAGGUGUGGCCCUGGCCCCAGACGGUCACUCCCUCAUCUUGGCCAAAGCAGAUUUGGAGUUGCUGCACGUGAAGCCAGGGGAUGCUCCCUCUGUAAUCUGGAGCGGCUUUUCAGAAUAUUCUAUGAUGUUGUCUACCCAUCAAGACUAUGGUGUGUUUUUCCUGCAGCCGGGGAAGUCUGGAGUUCUUUAUUUCAUCAGGCAAAAGGAAUCAGGAGAGUUUGAAGACAGCCUGGAAUUUAAUCUCACCUUGGAGAAUCCAAAUGGAACCCUACUGUUGAUAACUCAGGCCAAACCUGAAUCUGAGUCAUCAUAUUUGUGUGCCAGCUCUGAUGGGAUGCUAUUGAAAUUCGCCAAAUGCACCCAGGAAGGAGAAUGGGACACAGGUGACAUCUGGCAGAAAGAAGCAGAAAUGCCUGAAACCCAAACUCCAGGGACAGAGCCAUCUACGAAUGACAGCACAGAUAGCUGGUCACCACCCCCACAGCUAAAGACGCAGCAGCGUAGAAAGAUUCACUCAGCCUCUGUCACAGCUCUCCAUGUGCUGCCUGGGCUGCUGGUGACAGCCUCAAAGGACAGAGAUGUUAAGCUGUGGGAGAGACCCAGUAUGCAACUGCUGGGUCUGUUCCAGUGCGAAGGGGCUGUGAGCUGCCUGGAACCUUGGCUGGGCCCUAACUCCACCCUGCAACUCGCAGUGGGAGACUCACAGGGCAAUGUGUACUUUCUGUCCUGGGAAUGAAGAUGUGCUACUCAGGGCAGAGACACCGCUUGUGCUAGACAUACAAAGCCUGAAGGUACCAGUGGCUACUUUCUUGAUUAAAUUUUAAAAAUAAAGUGUCAGAAAACUUCAA